AGCAAAGGAGGAGGAUCCUUCCGGGUGUCACGCUGCAAGUUCCGCUCUGAGACUGAGCAGUCCUGAGUGUUUCCGUGUGUUGUGCUCUGAACUCUGCUACUAGGUACUGUGAGGGGACGCUCUGAAGUCGCGACAUGGAUGCAGUGACCUAUGAUGAAGUGCAUGUGAACUUCACUCAGGAAGAGUGGGCUUUGCUGGAUCAUUCCCAGAAGAGUCUCUACAGAGAUGUGAUGCUGGAGACUUACAAGAACCUGACUGCUAUAGGCUACAAUUGGGAAGACCAUAAUAUUGAAGAUCAUUGUCAAAGUUCUAGAAGACAUGGAAGGAGAAUAUUCUCUCUGCCAAGGUCAGUGACUCCAUGAUAAUCAGAAAUGGCAUGAUUCCAGGAAGCAAAACUGUCUCUGGUGAUCCUCACCAAUAUGGUGAUGCUGUGACCUUCAGGACCCCUUAAGACUGUGGGAAAGAACUCUGAAAACAUGAGUUCAACAGAAGUUCAAGAAUAUAUAAGUCAGUGUAAGAGCUGUCCUUUACAGGAUUUCUCAAUGCAAAAUAUAAAGAUGCAAUAUAAAUUGUAUGAGUGGCUUCACAAACCUGAAAGAACAGAGAGCUGUACUAAUGAAUGAGCUCUGUCAGAAAGAUACUAUAGAAGGAGACAAUGAUUUGGUCAAUAGACAAAAAACAAAACAAAACCUGGAUCACAAAAGAGAAAGGAAUAGUUAAAAAUAAGGCUCAGAUAAUAGUGGAAAAUGGUUGUCUCCUCCACAGAAGAUAUCAACAACUAAAUUUGAUCCCGAUAUUUUACUUCCUAAGGGAGGUAGUUAUAUGUGCAGUCCAAAUAGAGGUUGGGGACAGACAAAAGUCUGGUGUCAAGAAAAAAAGAUGAUGGCUUGACAAUAUUUCUACUUUUGGGCAUCACUUAACAAUAAGCCUUGGAGUUGUUGAGAUAAAGAAGAAAAAAUUCCAAAGAUUAAAAGAAUGUAUUGAAGUAGCUAAGAAUUAUAAAAAUGAGCUUCAAUGCUGCUUGCAUCAGCAUAAGCAAGAGCUCUCUAAAUUGGAAAAAAAUUUAAAUGAUACUUAAAGUUAACUUCUUCACACAAAACAGCCUCUAUGUGUAGACUUCUCAACCACAUGCACUGUGUCCAAUGAACCAUAUAGGACUUGCUAGUUUAAAAAAAAUGUACUUGCUUUCUGGUUCAUUUGCUUUGAAUGUGCUCUAUAUUUCAGUUUCUAUUUCUAAGAGUCGAGGGGAUAAGGUCAUAAAAUACUGAUUUAUGGAAUGAUCAAAAGAGAACCUGGGUUAAAUGAUUAAACAGUUACUAAGGAAGUAGCUUAUGCGAAUAAGAAAGUGGCCCUGGUCUGCAAGAGCUAUUUCAAGCAUAUUAGAGUUGUCUUUGGUCUGCAAGAGAGCCUCUCUUGAGCAGAUUACAGAGCUGUCAGCUGGCAUCCAUCACUGUCUCCAAGUCAUUGUUUCACUGCUCCCAUCCACCCCCUCUCUCCUGCUGAGGCUGGACCUCAGCAAGAGGCCAGAGAAGACCACUAGUGAAGGUGCAGUUGACAGCACAGGACUGAAGGGGUCAUGCAAAGAAGUUCUUGGUAUCAUGAAGAGAGCCUAUGAGAGGCUAUUGGUGAAGCCUAGUUGCAGCAGAAGACACCAGCAUAUCAGAGAUGCCAGUACCAUGGGAUGACCACCAAGAAUAGCGGCAGUGGAGUGGAUCUACCUGAACCUGGAGUUCUGCAAGAGGACAGAAUUGGAGAGAUGACCCAAGCCCUUUGGAGGAGCCCAGAAGACCAUGUGUAGAUCCCAGACACUGGAACAAGAAACUGUAAAGUUAACGUUGCCAUGGAUACCCCUAGAUGUUAAAGCUGUGGGAGCCAUGGGAUACCUGCCAUGGAAAGUUGCUAGCAGGGAGUGGAACCAGCCCUUGAGAAAGAAAUUUGUUGCAGUCAACAAAGCUGAAAGGAGUGGAUAUCAAACAUGGAGGUGCAGUUCAGAAUUAGCCCAGAUGGUUUUCUGUCUUGCUUUGAUCCAAUAUUUCCUCACUAUGACAUUUUGGAAUGGUAGUGCAUAUCCUGUGCCAUGACAUACAGGAAAUAUGUGAUCUGCAUUUUGGUUUUAUAAGGUAUUACAGUUAGGAGAUUGCAGGAGUAUCAAAAGAGACUUUGAAGUUUGGAUUUUUUUUUUUAACAUUGUUGAGACCACUGUAGACUAUGGAUACUUUUAAAGUUGGACUAAAUGUAUUUUGCAUUAUCCUAUGUUUAUGUAUGGCCCCCUAUAGACUCAUGUGUUUGAACAAGCCUAUGGGGAUGAGGGAGUAGAAUGUGGUGGUUUGAAUAUGCUUGGCUCAUGGGAAGUGGCACUAUUAGUAGGUGUGACCUUGUUGGAGUAAGUGUGGUCAUGUUGGAGGAAGUACAUCACUGUGGGCAUAGGCUUUGAAGCUCCACCCAGUGUGGAAAGUCUCUUCCUGGUUACCUUCAGAUCAAGAUAUAGAACCCUUGGCUCCUCUAGCCCUAUGUCUGCCUACACAUGUCCAUGCUUCUUGCUAUGAUGAUAAUGGACUCAACCUCUGAAACUGUAAGGUAGCCCUAAUUAAAUUUGUUGUCUUUUGUAAGA